CAAUCAGAUCUUUAAUGUACUUUUCUGCUAUGGUCAUAAAGUAAAAACAGACACAAAAUAUCACGGAUUUGCUAGUCCUAUUAGGUUUUAUAAUCCUGCCUCUGUUGCGAUCAAAUCUGACAAGUAGUUCGCACCAUUACAAAUCAAAAGACCUAGCCAUUUCAAGUUUCAACAGGUAGAAAGCGGCACGCCCUUCUGUUGUAGACUAGAUAAUGUUAUAGAAGAGAAGUAGGUCUUGUGAGAAACAGGAAGUCCGAGGUAUGGAUUACUUUUCGAAAUGUGUUUGAUGUGGCCGUUCCAAACAGACUAAGUGGAUUUGACUCGUGAAUCCGAGGCACCUGUGAUUUGGGGUUUUUAUUUCAUACGUGGAAAUCGGAAAAAAAUAUGAAGUUUUCAACGACGAACGUCGCUCUGCUGCUGGGAACAAUCGUACUAUUGGUUUCAAGUAUCUCAGAAUGUCUGGAGACGUCUGUCACUCCUGAAGCAGGUGCAACUGUGAUCUUGGGUACCUCCCUCCCUGCAGAGGAGUGCAGUGUCUGCAGAGUUGGGGGAGUCAAUGGCUCUGAGUUAGCCUGCUCCUCCACACUGACCCUACAGCCAGAUGAGAAUGUCAUCCUCCAGUACAACUGUUCCAAUCCUCAUGAAGCCUUCACUGUUGAGAUCCAGAAAACAAUUGAAUGUACUAAGGACUCCUGCAGCCCAGCCGCAGGUGAAACCCAGUCCUCUCUGUUCACGGACUUCAAAAGGACCUUCAUUUGGAAUCUGACUGGUGCCCCUGAGACCGAGUUCGGUUUGGACUUCCCUGAAGAUGGGCUUAAGAAGAUUGCACCACCUGAGACCUGCCCUGACCAAUACCAGUACACUAUGGUCAGCACACUGCCCAGUGGGGAUGUCCGCACUGAGAUGUUCUGCAGGAAUGGCCCUGUCUCCCAUGUAGAUCUUCCCAACAAGGCCACAGUGUCCCUGCAAGUUCUGGGAAAGGAAAACGUGAACCCAUCCCUGUUCCAAAUCACCAGCAAACCUUUGGUCAAAAGGUCCAGAAAGAUGCUCGUGGCUCCAGACAUUGACACUGCCAUCUACAUCAGGAGGGUGGACACAGGGUCAGACUGCACUGUGUGCUCACACGAGGGCUCCAAUCCUCCCAAGUGCUCCGAGAGUCUGACCCUGAAAAGCACUCAGAACGUCUCUGUGGACUUCACCUGCCCUCAGCCUCAGGACACCUUCGAAGUGGAGAUAAACAGGAAUAUUGUAUGUACGGAGACGACCUGCAAUGGAGACGUAGUGCUAGGGGAAUUCCCCCUCUUCCCGGAGUUCAACAGGACCUUCACUUGGGACCUGAGGUCUCCGCAGCUGAGAGCAUUCCAACUGGACUUCUUAGAAUCAGGAAUGAAGCAGGUGCGUUCAUCAGAGAGCUGUCCAGACCAGCUCUCCUACAGCAUCAUCACGUACCAGCGCUCGGGACCUCUCACUAUUGGAACCUUCUGCCGAAGCGGCACCAUCACCUCCGUCCAAGUGCUCUACAAGGGCCGGCUGUCCGUGGAGGUCGCAGGGGACAGGAAGGUGGAUCCGGACACUAUCAAGGUCCUCGCCGGGUCAGAGAUCAGAAAGCUUGCUGUUGUCGAUGUGAAGUUGCCUGCCCAGCCAGCGGCCGCGGAGCUCUUCUCUGCAAACUACCCUGGACACUUCCCGGACGAUGACCUGAUGACGUGGGUCUUCACAGUCCCAUCGAAGUACAACUACUCGGUUAAUUUCCUGAAUUACACAGCGCCCCGAUGCCUGAAGAAGUCCGUGGUGGUGGAUUAUGCAAAGGAGGGCGGGAAGUUCACCAUCGGGACUAAGCUGACCGACCUCCAACCCCAAGGCCAACAGGGCAGCUUCACAAUGUCCCUCACCAACUGUGAGACGGAUCACAGAGGAAACCUUCCGGGCCUUUCCCUAAACUUCCAAGUCUCUGUGCUCAAGAGCAGCCACCCAGUACUGUGCAAUGUGGAUCCUCAGAAUAACCAAGAAAUGACCAUCAACAUUGAGAAGAAAGACACAGGGUCUCACUGUGAGAUGAAAAUGGAUGGGGUCCUCAAGGACAAAAUUACUGUACUCCCAGGGACUAGUGCAAAGCUCUUCUUCCAGGACUGUAUUGAUGAGGAUCUGGAACUGACCGUCAGCAAUACCUUAGGGUGUCAGAAAUGGGAGGAGUGUCCAGUGGGUGGGACUUUGCUCAAUCUCCCUGCCCUGCCCCCAUGUCUCCCUGUACCAACGCAAAGCAUCACCUGGCACCUGAUGGUCCCGGAGGAUGGCACGGUGGAUCUGCUGCCCUCUACAGACAGCCUCCGGCAGGCACUGCCCGGCCAGGAGUGCCAAAGGAUGUACUCCGUCGUUGUGGCCGAGGAAGACGGGACCCCCUUCGGCGAAUUCUGUCCGAAGGGCUCCAUCAGCAAAGUGCAGAUCCAUUCAAAUGUCACCGUCGCCGUGUCGCCCAGGGCCCUCGGCCGAUCUCAGGGAUCGUUCUUCAACGUCACUUUUAGCAGAGAGAUCGCCGAGAGCUACAUAUUUACCUUGUCCCCAAAAGUGGGGACCCCGGCUGUGGUGAGCACCCCUAACUGGCCCAACACCAUGAGGCCCUCCUCCACGGCAUCGUGGGUGGUCUUGCUGCCCCCGCAGUACGGGGCCAACGUGGCAUUCACCAACAUCAGCCAGCCCAAGUGCAGAGACCGGCACACCAGCAUCAAGGUGCAGACGCUGGGCUCCCUGGAGGAGAUGUUCAGCCGGCGGGAGGACGAGAAGCAGGUGGAGGAGCUGAGCGUCCCGGACAGCUUCUACCUCAACACGUCCAACUGCCUGCCCGAGAAGGGCGACUUCAACCUGCUGACCAGCAUCACGCUGGAGAAGAAGAGCAACAACCUCCUGGCCAUCAUUCUGGGAGUAGUGGGUGGCCUGCUGCUGCUGAUGUUCAUUGUGCUGGCUGCAGUCUGUGUGGUCAUCAGGAAGAAGAAAAAGAAAAUGGCUGAGCAGGCAUCCAUCUACAUUCCCAAGGGGAACAUCUUCAUGCCGGGUGACGAGCAUUUCCCCAAAUCCCGGGCCAACAACGAGUCGCACGUCUAUGCCUCCAUUGAAGACGCCGUGGUCUACGGUCACCUUCUGCAGGACCCUGUCUACAAUGGGCCUGUGGCAGACCAGAGGGAUUUUUACCUACCCUACGCUGGACCCGUCGAUGGCAAUCCACUCUCCGGCAUGGAGAAGGCCCCGGGGGCAGGCCCGGAGGCAGACAUGUACCGGACUUUCCUGGACACGUCCCAGGGCAUGGGCCCGCCCAGGCCCCGCACGCCAGUGGACCGCCAGGAGAGCCUGGGCUUCCUGGAUCGCCGCAUGGUGAACAAUGAGCUGAACACGUUCAAGAGCAACGGAGACCAUACCCCCCUGCGUCUCUCUGCUAUAGAGCCACAGCCGGCAGGAGACUGGGAGGAGGAGGAGGAGGAGCAGGAGGAAGAGGAGGAGAUGUAGAGAAGGGUAUGACCGUGGGAUAAUGACAAAAUGGCUACUGUCAUCUCUCACUGCUCCAGGUUAGCCUUGAGUGCGGAAAAGACUGACCAAAGCCUGUGUGUGGAUUCAGUGGGCCAGCAUUGAGGGAAAAGGAGAAAUCGCUGUCACAGCUGGAAAGUCCUGCCAAAAUGAGGACCUGAAUAUGUUAAUAAUUUUGUUUUUGUCAGUAAAUGUGAUAUACUGCCAUUCAAACAGCCAUGUACUCUUUUGAAUCUGGCAGGUCUUUGUGAGGUCAUAUUUUUAAAUGCACAUUAAUGUAUUCAUUUUAAGCCCAUAGUUUUAAUAUGAAUGAAACAUAACCCUUUUGUUUCAUUUGUCUGAAUGGGACUUGUGAAUGAAUGCAAUUUCUUAAUUUGGUAGAUAGACUGUAAGCCAUUGUUUUAGUUUAACACAUUAUUUGAUAAAGCCUUGUGGUUUCAGCUCGACAGAACUGUGUAUUUUAAACAUCAUGUGCCAAAGGCUGAACACCACUCAUGUAGUUAGUAAUCAUAUUUUGGGAUAACUUGAAAUUGUUCAUUUCUUGCACUCGUGUCCUUCCUGCAAUUUUCAGGUUGUGUUGAAAAUUCUAAUGGCUAACAGAUUUGAUUGUGUUACUACUGUAUAUGUGUAUAUAGUGAGAGAUGUAUUUAGGAUUUUGGGAAAUGUAUGGUUUCUGUAUUUUAGUGGAGAAAGCAGGAACUUGUAUAGUCCAUCCACAGAGGCGCAUUUAAGCUUAGCUAUUCACUGGCUGGGCAGUACCAGCUUCCACGGGCAACAUGCGCCCACAAAGCUGUGUGUCAUGAGCGUUCCGUGUGAUUUAGUCAGUCACUUCCUCUGGCUGUGAAAACGGGAUGCGUGAGAGGAUUUGUGUCUUCGAGAAAUGAAUUCUGGUUUCCACAAACCCUCAGAGCCCAGCGCACCCUUCCUUCACUCUGAACCCGAUGUCUCAUUCACACUGCCCAUCAGGGGGAAAAUGUGACUUAAGUUUCCACAGAUGUCCUUCAUCCGGACAGUGGAUUAAUGUCAUUAUCCAUGAAAAUAAGGAGUUCCUUGCUCAUUUAUCUUGCCAGUUAUACGGACAAUAUUAUUUACCGUGCUGGCAAAGAAACAUUAAAUUGUGGAUUACAGUUAUAGACUUGUGUUGUUUUCCAUAUCUGUGAAUAUGCCCAUUUGUACUACUGUUAAUGAGCUUAAGUUGGCUGGUCUUAAUACGGUGCUGAAUCCAUUUUCAGUCCUCUCCUUAGAAUGUUCAAAACCCUAUUGUGGUUAUUUGUAAAACCAGUUUCUGUUUAUUCUGCGUGCGCAACAAAUGUGUUUGUUCUAAUUCUAAUUUAUUCCAUUCAUAAUAAAGCAUUAAAAUAGUGGAUCUUAACAUGUGUUUGGAAAGCCUUUUAGGUAUGUGGGGGCUGUCAAUCUCUUUUAGGAGGCCAAAAUUACUCUCGUAAAUCCUGAGGUUUUUUUUUUUUGUUUUUUUUAAAAUAAACUUUAAAUAAAAUAUUUUUAAAUCACAGCUCAAUGUGCUUUUAAGUUCUCUCAAAGAUGUUGUGUCUGAUAUCAAUAAAGUUUUAUGAAAGCUGGGA